AUGAGGAUCACCGACCUCGAAGCGUGCCUUGGGCUCAAGGCUUGUCUCAGGCAUCCCAACGACCAGCCUAAAGCUCUGGGAAAUCUGUAUCGCAACAUCGCCAGAAUCAGAGGAGCAUACGAUCCGAUCUGGGAUGCAGCGAAGCUGCGGCAAGAGUCAGACCGGCUGUUUGAGCUGCUGGGCCCGGAUCUUUGGCCGGAUCCAACGACGGUCGAUACUACCUCGUGGCUCUUCGACCCACAAGUGGACAAUCGGAAAGUUCUCUGGCCCGGCUAUCUGGUGUAUGGGAGAGCACGUGACCACAAUCAAUUGCGUGCGCACUUCACCAAUAUCCUGUACGAGAAGUGCUGCAACUACACCGCCGGUCAGCGCAAAAACAAUCAAGACGACAAACAGAAGGCACUCGCGCAGCCCGACCGUGCCUCUAACCACCAAGCGCCUGCGAACGUCACAGGUCAGCCAACGCCACGAAACGAGACAGCGGUCGCAGAGGACUCUGUCGCUGACCUCGCGGACAACGUGUCACUGGCCACUAUCUCUCCCAAGCGUGAUGCUGGCGUGGUCUAUCCCGAGCAGAGUGGUGACGGGCUUGAAAUAUCCGACUCCCGGUCUCUCUCCCGCACUCUUCGCUCUGAUAUUGACCGGCAACUGAUUGAAGAUCGUGUACGCAGAGGCACGUUACCAGCCUUUGUGACACCGCCACAGACCUCGCGUUCCCAGCGUCAAUACCCUGCUCCGUCUUCCAGCGCAGCCGACCUCACCCAGAACAAGCGGAAGUACGGCUCCCUUGUUGAACUUGGCGCAUCUCCUGAGGCAUUGCAAGCAAAGCAGCGCAAGGUCAGCACAGCAUCAGACUACACUCCGCUGAAGUGCGAAGACGCCGCAAACGAGACAUUCGCUUCGCGCCCCUCGUCAGCAGCUGGUGGUCGAGAUGGCCAGACGCUAGGCUCACAUGAUCGUCCGGCUUACGAUGCUACGCCUACCACUGUUUGCAAAGGCCAUGCUACCGGCGUCAGGGACCGCUCUGUCCAUCUCACGACAAGUGAUGUUGGAGUCAGUCACACUCCGCAGUUCCGCUCCCAGGCCAGCACAGGCCCACGUCCCUCAAGCUCCUACUCCAAUCAUUCCACCGGCGCUGCUCAGCAAAACAUGGCUCCAGGUCACAGCGGCGAGAGCGCAAAUGUGGUUAGGCAGACGCCACCCAUCGCAACUCUGCAGGCCCACCACACAAAGCAAUCUGUUUCCGGGCCCUCGCAAACCCGCCUUGAGCACUCUCAAACGAAGCUGCCAGAGUCCACUCCCCGCUCAAACGAAGUACAUCAUCAGGAGCCAACACCAUCGUCCGCCAUUACUCCAGCUCCAGCACAGCCCCUUCCGAGGAAGAGACUCAACAUCGAAAUCCGGACUACCUUGCAUCCGGGCACGGAGAGGUCUGUGAAGUUACAAUUUCGGUUCGGUCUGAGCACUCACAGCACCGUUCAAGACCUUUUUGCCGCUGUGGAUCACAAGAUGGGAGGUUUGCUGGCUGAUGCUGAAGUGCGCAGUCUGAGUCUGGAAGUUCAGCAGACACAGGCUCGAGAUGAUCAUCUGGGGACGUUCUACAUUGUCAGGGACGGUGCGCAGGCAUGGCAGCACUGCGUGAGGGGAUUGGCAAGGCUGUCUGGGGAGACUGUUGAGCUGCUCGGUCAUGUUGGGAGUGUGGCGCGAAGGAGGCAAGGGUGA